GUAAUUACACCGAGCGGUUACCCCUGUCGUCUUUGGGGAGGCGCGACGCGGCAUGAGCGCCUGGAUUCGUACUUUGUACAUACAGUCAGUACAUCUGCAGGGACAAACCGAGUAGAACGCCGAAAGUGGUUGCUCUCUUCGUUGUUCGGUUCUUUUCUUGGACGCACCCUCUGCUUUUAGGAUACCCGAGAUCGCGGCAUUGUUGACGAUCGGCGACGACGAAAGAAUCGGCAUUCGAUCACAGACUCCUACGACCGGCGCUCAAAGACUACGAUUGUUCGGGCAAGGUCUUCGCCAUCCGUUCAACAUCACCGGUUGAGCCCUUAGAUGGGCCUCGAGACUUGGCAGUAUGCAGCACCGCCGGGAUGAGAUCCUCGCAAAAAAGGCAAAGCUCGCAGAGCUCAAGCGCCAGAGAGAACUUCGAGCGAGCCAGGCCACCCGCUCGAGUGUCGCCCCAGGCGAAAUAAUCUCCCCUACCCCAAACCGAGCAGACAACCGACGGGAGAUAGAGACUCUCAUCGACAGCCUUGUUCGUGAGAGCAGACCCGUUUCUGUUUCGACCGGCGCCAACUCUCCCGCACGAUUCGGCAGCAGGCCAAAUAGCGUUCUCAGUGGGGGAGGACUCAGCGAGGACAUUUCUGAAUUUGCAGGCCCCGCGAAUGGGCAGGUGGUCACCUCCCAGCCCCAGGUGCUCUCCACCGUCGCCUUCAAGACGGUUUACGAGUGCCCCCCGUCGCCGAUAAAAGAGGUAUACUCGUACAGCAAAGGGGUCCAGACAUCCGACGAAUGGACGACUCCAAGGAAGUCGCGCGCCUGGUCCGAAUCCGAAGGCGAGGAACCACCGGUCACGGCAUCGCCUAGUAAGCGGCUCAGUAGGAGAGAGCGGGACAGGGAGGAAGAGCUGAGGGAGAACAUACGGAAGGAGAUCGAAGAGGAACUCCGGGCGGCCAAGGACCUUGUGACGGAUGGCGUUCUCAAACCGUCCGCUGCGGCCAACUUUCCGGCCCGGGCACUUAACAGUGAUGAGCUGAAGGCGGUUACGCAGUCGGACGACUUUAUGGACUUCAUCGACAGGUCGACCAAGGUCAUUGAAAAGGCGCUGGACCAAGAAUACGACAUCCUCACCGACUACACCCUGCAGGUGCACGACGUGGACGACGACGACGAGCAGAGCGGCAACACAGGAGGCAAAGGCCGGCGGAAAGUCAAGGAGAUCGCGCAGUUCUACGACGAGCGGUGGUCCAAGAAGCGCAUGGUCAGUUCUAUUGACUUUUCGCCCAAAUUCCCCGAACUCCUUCUUGCAUCCUACACCAAGAAUCCUACCGCGCCCCACGACCCGGAUGGCAUCGUCCAGGUCUGGAACCUCCAUCUGAACGACCGGCCCGAAUUCGUCUUCCACGCGCAAUCCGACAUCCUCACGGCCAAGUUCUCGCCCUUCCACCCGAACCUCAUCAUCGGCGGCGCCUAUAGCGGGCAGGUCCUCCUCUGGGACACGCGCGCGCGGUCUGCGCCCGUGCAGAAGACGCCCCUCACCGGGUCCGGCCACACUCAUCCGGUAUACUGCGUCGACAUUGUCGGUACGCAAAACGCCAACAACAUCAUCUCGUCUUCCACCGACGGCGCCGUCUGCGGUUGGAGCGUCGACAUGCUGGCCCAGCCCCAGGAGGCCAUGACGCUCUCGGCGCCGCCGCCCUCCAAGACCGAGGACCUCGCCCCGACCUGCAUCGGCUUCCCGCAGGCCGACCCCACCUUCUUCCUCGUCGGCUCCGAAGAAGGCACCAUCUACCCCUGCCACCGGUACGACCGCGCCGGCGCCAAGGCCGGCGUGGACACCCGCGUCAGCUACCGCGGCCACGCCGCGCCCGUCAUGUCGGUCUCGUUCCACCCGGCGCGCGGGCCCGUCGAUCUCGGCGACCUGGUGCUGUCGGCGAGCUUGGACUGGAGUGUCAAGCUGUGGAAGGUGCGCGCCCCCGCGGCGACAUCGGCCGUCGGCGGCUCCGCGGUGGGUGCCGGGGCCGGGGCCGGAGGCGUGCUGGGCGCGGGCGGUCUGGGCGGUGCGGGCCUCCUCGAGCCGGCGGUCACGCCGCUGCUGGACUUUGUGCGCGAGGACGUCGUGUACGACGCCGCCUGGUCGCCCGUCAAGCCCGGCGUGUUUGGCCUCGUGGACGGCGCCGGCUGGCUGGAGCUGUGGGACGUCACGGUCGAGACCGAGGAGCCCCUCUCGCGCAUCUCGCCGAGCCCGCGCAAGGACGGGCGCACCAUGCUGAGCAAGAGCCUGAACAAGCUCGCGUGGGAGCCGAGCGAGGGGAAGCGGCUGGCUACGGGCGGCAUUGACGGGGCCGUGACGGUCUUUGAGGUCGGCCCGGAUCUGGGCGGGAAGGAGGCGCUGAAGAAUGAGGAGUGGACGAGCGUCAAGAAGUUGGUGAAUAGGUUGGAGGCGGUGGGUGGUGGGGAGGGUGGCGCUGCGUGAGGGCCAUGUUUUAGGGUGUAGCAGGGCGUAAUGGGAAUGAUC